AUGCUUCGCUCGCGUUCAGAAGUCAUUGUGGGUUUGCUUAUGAUCCUGGGAUCAAAUAUGGUCCGUUCGAAUCUUGGGAAUCCUCAGGACCUGCAGCUAAGUGCGCUGCGCACCCACAAACAGCUAUUGCAGGCGGAGAUCGCACGUCUUUUUUUAGAGCAACCACUUCGAGCGGAAACUCAACUUCUGCUGGACGAUCUACAGCUAAGAGAUCAUCAAAUAGGCGUUCAGAUAGGAAAGCUCGAGGAAAUAUCGAAGGGCGAGACCACGCAGCGGCUGGCCAUCAAUCUAACGGCUGACUUUGAACACCUGCAGCAUAAACUAGAUGAUUUAAAACGUCAACUUGAGCUGCUCGACGGACGCUUUGCCUCCCAAGGGAAGCAACUGGAAGGACACUCAUCGGAAGGCGCAACGCCGGCUGGCCCCGGAUUAGGUUCCUUUUUGUGGGGACCUUUGCUGACCAUGCCGGAGUUUUCACAGGGCAGUGUGGCCAGUGGCCAGCAACAUAACCACCACCAGCAGGAUCAUUCCCCGGAUCCGCAGCAGGAAUCCAGUCCCUCCAUCAUCAAAAGAGUGCUGGACAUGCUUAGGCCAUCCAUAGGAGUAGCAGGUCUGCGAAGUCGUUGGACUGAAUCCGCAAAAUCACCUGCAACGGGCAUGGCAACACCUAAGCCCGCUCAUCCACUUAGUGCUGAGGAGCUCCUACCGCAGCUGCAGGAGCAGCGCAGGUUUCUGGACGAUGCUAUUACGCGACUGGAGCUCUUGGCCGUCAAGCAGGGCUCGAACAAAAACUAAAAUAUAUGGAAUAUCUAAGGAAAUUAAACACUUAAAUAUAUCUAUCCAGAAGUUACGCUAUCUGAUUAAACAGAGGAUCAAUAUUUAUUUACUUAAACUGCCAGAGAUCAUCAUUCAUAACCAGCUUCGUUGAGUCACUGUCAUAAAUUCAGAAAAAUGAUAGUAUACCAAAUAAGUCAAGUUUGAUUUGUGAUCAUUUAUAGUAGUUUCCGAAAACAAUUGGCCUAAAAUUAAAUUGAUAACAGUUUAUUUCGAACAGUCACCUUGAUGAAAAGUCUAAAGCAAUAA